AUGCAUCCCUGGUGGCUUAAAAAUACCCUUUACGAUCGAAGUCGUGAGUUAACUAAACUUAUAACUUUAAGGCUAGGGUGUAAUUAUCUAAACUUUCUAAGUAAAGAUCUAGAGCGACCCUUUUUCUCACAUCGACAACCCCGCGACGUGCGUAAUAUUCUUAAGCCUAGGACGCCUAUAGUUAGAUAUAAAUACUUAGCCCUAAAAGGGGAUAAGAAUAAAUUAGAAAAAGAAGGUAGGCGCUUUAACUAUAGAGAUGGAAGAGCUUAUAAAAUAGUCCUAAGUACUAUAAUUAAUAAUAAGAAAGCCUAG